AUGGACAUUAGCGAGCAGAGGACGAGUAGUAAGGAGGAAACCAGCAGUGAGCCUGUGUCACCAAGUCUCAGGUGUCCUUCUGAGGCUCUGAACCCGGAUGGACACAUCGACCCUUACAAACUGUUCGUUCUCUACGAACAGCAGCGUAAUGAAUUAAAUAAACUACGUGAAUCCGUUCAGCGUCAACAUAAAUCACAAAAAAAGCUUGAGAGCCAGUUGGCAGAGGCUCAAGACGUGUUGCAAAAACGAGAAAGUCAAGUUGUGAAACUCACCCACAAGAUUCAUGACCAACAGGUAUGGACCGUGGAUACAGAUGCCGGACGCGGCAUCGCUACUUUUUAG